UGACCUCAUACGUCAGAGUGUUGCUAAAACAAGAUCUUCAAAAUGGACUACGGAAACCGAUUGUUUACACCCUUGAACUGCAUUCUAGAUGAAAUCAGGCAGUGAAUCGCAACGGAAGAAUAGCGACUGCUUCAACAGUGAGUGCUUGGCACUGUCACUCACUGUGACCUGUCACUGUGCUGUGUGCCAGUGAACUUGCUUGAGUGAACGAUACAGCAUUUAGUCAUGGCAUCCAAUCAGAGUUUAGACGAAAGUGUGGAUUUUGAUUUUUUUGAAACUCCUCGUAGUCCGGUGAAAGACUUAAAUGAUACUUUUGUCAAAGACAGUAAGCCCAAUGAAGGGUCAAGCAGUGUUAUUUCAAAACCCCCUGUGCAGCCCAAGAGUAUCACUUCAUUCUCUUCUCAUUCAGAUAGUAAAACUACAGCAAAGAAGGAAAAUGAUGUUUUGAGUGAAUCAAACUCUGAUUCAAGCUCUAGUGACUCAGAAAGUAUCAGUAGCGAGUCAGCUAGUAAAGACCUGGAUGAAUCAAGGAACAGUGUUUCUUCUAAAUCUUCAGUUAGUGUUUCCAGUAGAUCCACUACUUCCAGCCUAUCCUCUGAUAAAGAUAUUUCAGAAGUCAGCAAGAAAAAAGUUCAGAAUAGUAAAAAAGGAAAAAAAGAUUACUCAUCAUAUAGCUCCGAAUCAUUUGAUGAUUCGGAUCAGCCUUCUAAACUUACUGCCAAAACAGGAAAACAAAAUAAGUCAAAAUCUCGGAACUCAGACCAGGAUUCAAGCCAAAAUUCAGAAGAUGAAAAACACAAGAAAUCCUCACCCAAAUCUAAACCUGAUUAUGAUGAUGGGUAUAGUACAAGAGGCAGAACAACCAAGAAAGUUCAAAAAAGCAAAUCUCAGGCAUGGGAUGAAGAAAAGAAUGAGGCCAAAUGGCAUGCUGAAGAGAGACCUAAAACUGCAAAAGGUCGAGUCAGAAUACCCACAGACAAUAAGAUACCCAAUAAGUCAGAUUCAGAGACACUUUCAGACAGUGAUAUGACAGAUGUAUCACCUAUGGAGUCUCCUAGACAUGACAAAGACAGAAAAUCUGUUAAGCUCAGAGAAAAUGAGAUGAGGACUAAGGGUGAUGGAGAUGGUAGAUAUGGGAAACGACAAUUUGUACCCGUAACUGACAUAGAUUAUGACCCUGAUAGGCUUGGUAACCUUGACCUAAGUAUCCUUAUGAAAGCCGUAGGAGAGCUGGAGAAACAGCAGAGAUUAAAAACCAACACCCGUCGUGUCAUGUUUGCCCCCAUGUCUGUGAACAGAAGUGAGCGGGGCAAUUAUACCUUUGACGACAAUCAAACCAGAGAGAUUGAGAGGGAAAACAAUCGUUUGCUCAAGGAGAUUGUGCGUCAGGUCAACACCAGGGAGCAUUCCAGGUCAUGUGCUAGAACAAUCACUACUCAGAAACUGACCCCUUCUGCUGUGAAUAGGGAACGUGAUAUUAGAAGAAUAGAAAUGGAAAACUUGGCCAUUUUGAAGCGUUUGAAGAAAGUGAAGCCCACAAAGAGUAUCUCCAGAGAAAAUCAGCUUAGAGAGUAUGAGACUACAAUGCUGCAUGGCAUCCCCAUAGCCGCACUGCAUCCAAUAUCAAGACCUGGUAAACGGAGUGCUUAUGAUGACUCUGCUAGCUCCAUGACCAGUUUUACUAGUGGAGUUUCAUCAGUAAGAUCCCUUAGCUCUAGACUUAGCAGUCGUCCUGGCAGUGCUGUGAGACGACCAACAAGUGCCAAAAGAUAUGUCAAUGACAGACCCGACUGGUCAGACAGAUGGUAGAGUGGAUAGAGCCUGUGUGAUUUUUGUUCUAACAUAUAUCAAUCAUGUUGAUGGCUUUAAUCUUGUCUCCAACAUUAAUACAUUUUGUUUCAAAUGGCACAGAUUCAACUUUUUAUUUAUUUUAGUAUCAAUGAAACGUGCAGUUUAAUUUAAAACAUUCCACCCAGAGCCCAAUUUAUCAUUCUGUUUUAAUUUAGUUUUAACAUCAUAUUGAUAGUCUACAAAUGUAGGUUACUUUUGUAUUCAAUUGAAAACAAAAUAUCCACAUAAUGAGUGCUUGGGGUUUACUAAGAACUCAAUGAAAAACUAAGACCAUAUAACAGAACUAUUGGAAGAAAGAGAAAUGUUAUAAUAAGAAAUUGUUGUUAGAAUGAAAAGUUAUACCUCUUAAUAUUUAACUUAUUUUUCUGUGGUGUUAUAAGUGCAAAAUAUUGACACCAUUUCAUGUUAUUAUCAGUCCACACCAUUGAUCUCAUCUUUGCUUGCACAUUCUCAUUCCUAGUUGGUACAUCUAUUUCAUUUUUAUUAUUAAAGCAUCUCAAAGUCUUCAUCUGGAUAUUUAUUAUUUGUUCUCAUUAAUCCGUCCUGACAAGUUUUUAUGUUUGAAUAUUAUUUUGUUUAAACUAUUGUUCUGCAUCUGGUUAAAAAAGAUUGAAUUUUUUUUUUAAAUCUUGAAAUAUUUGAUCUGCAAAUUGUGUUUUAUCUGUCUGUAUAACACUUUCUUUAAAUGUAUAGUACUGUUGUUUUUCUAUAGGUCUAUAUUCAGUUAAUAAUUUUGUAAAUUUGGUUCAGGGGAUCCUAAAUUUGUCUGUUAUUUACUAUUUUAGAAGUGCUGAUGGCUAUUUUUGUGACUUUUAAUUGCACUUUAAUACAUGUCUCAUGAUUUUCUAUUAAUAAAAUCUACAUUUUCAUCUGAAACUGAAUAUGUCAAUAAUUAAGUUUUUAUGUUUCUGUACGCUUCAAGCAGUUUGAUUUUUUUUUUUUUAUUUGUUGAAUGUAACAAUUAUAAUACAUUUCUCUUGGAAAUAAAAAAUAAUUU